CUCGUCGCUGCCAGAACGGUUCGAAACGUAUAUAAGGAAAAGUGUCGUGUCGUGAAAACUUGGUUUCGCAUUUUGACUGGGCCCCAUUCAGCGAAACCCGCAUAUUUCGUGCGUGAAAUCCGACUCGGAAUUCACCUGGUUGGGUGGGUUGUGAAGAAAAUCUCGUGAUUAUCCCGAUUAUCCUUUUCGCAAGCAAUUUGCGACUUCGAAGCACGCGUUUUCCCUGCCCCCUAAUUCGUAAACGUAGCACCUCUGCUGCAUCAUUUUUUCGAUAGUCGUGAGGAGGAAGUAAAAAAGACCUCGGGACUCCGCUAGCAAUAAUCUUCUUUUUCUGUCUCUGUCGUCAUCGUCGCGCAGAUAAUAAAAUUGUCACGACGAAGUGAGAAAAGAAUCGCGAACUUUUCCACUGCAUCUUGCGUUUGCAUAUCUCCCGAUUCGAAUACGGGUGUUUCGUCUUAAGUUGCAUUUUUGGCAACAAAAAUCGAAAGCUCCAAACGUUGGCUGCAAUCCGGUGCCCAUACUGACGCGAGAACCUGCUAAGUAACCCGUUCGUCGUUCGGGUUUUGGAAACAGCUGUUUUACGGCUAUUUUUCUGGCGACACCGUGGCCUUAGCGAAUCGGAACAUGGCUCUCAGUCAGACGUCUGUGCUUAAGUUGUACAACACCGUAAUAGACGAUGUCAUUGCUGGCGUCCGAGAUGCCUUCCUCGACGAAGGUGUCGACGAGCAGGUGCUGCAAGAGAUGAAACAAGUUUGGACCGCCAAGCUGAUGCAAAGCAAAGCAGUUGAAACAGCUCCGGAGCCCCAAGAUCAACAACCGCCCGCUCUUCUGGCGAGCAACACUAAAUCAGUUUCACAUUCAAAAUCAAAUGGCACCAAGAAAUCAAAAGCAGCCGCCGCGGCUGCGGCAGCUAACCAGGAAAACCAAAACGGAACUGCGAAAGGUGCAUCUAAUAGUGCAGCACAAAAUGCAGCACCCUCGCAUCAGAUCAAACCAGAACCAGGCACGCAUAUGGAUCCGAUUAGCCACAACCAACCUCCACCUCUAUCGCAGCCACCGCCUUUAGCACAAGCCCAACCUCCCACUGCAGUACAUCAUCCCCAGCAAUCGGUACCAUCACAACCUCCUGCUCCCCCGGCAGCCGUCGUAGCCGCGCUUGAUCCCAAGAAGAUGGUUGCCAUCCAGAUUACCCUACCCGCGCAGCCAAAUGUACCAAACUCCCAGCCCCGAGUGCUAACGAUUCAAGUGCCAGCUUCAGCUCUGCAGGAAAAUCAGUUACAGCAAGUGCUCACAGGACCGAUUAUCACCUCCAUAAUGCCGCUGCCGCCCCAGAUCGCUUCUUCAGUUCUGCAACAGCACGUCAAUUCCUAUCUCCAAAAUAAUUCUAUGAAUUCAAUACAAAUUCACAAACAGAUGGAUGGAGCAUGUGAUCUGCUUGAGCAGCAAGAACAACAACCAUGUGCGACUAUGACGAUGAAUUUGUCCGACAUCCUUGAUCAGCAUUUAAGGGAUCAACAAAUUGACAUGGCAUCGCCAUCAACAUCUUCGGGCAAAAAAACUAGCUGUUUAAAAAAGAUGAAGAAUCGCAAGCGAGUGGCAAUCGAAAUCCGACGACAGGUUGAUGGCGCCGUCGAUACCUCUGACGAGGAGGGCAGUGAUAUGAGUGACGACAAUAUUGGAGAUGACGAUGACGACGAUCUGGACAAAGAGGACGAUGAAGAUUUGGAUGGCGAUGGUGGCGCCGAGGAGGAACCACUCAACAGCGAGGACGACGUUACCGAUGAGGAUGCGUCCGAUCUGUUCGAUACGGAUAAUGUGGUUGUCUGUCAGUAUGACAAGAUCACCAGAUCACGAAACAAGUGGAAGUUUUAUCUGAAGGACGGUAUUAUGAACAUAACUGGCAAGGACUACGUAUUUCAAAAAUCGAACGGCGACGCUGAGUGGUAAACCUGCCUGCAUCAUACGCAACGUGGGUGUACUAUCUGGCAAGCAGAAAGCUCAAUAAACGCGGGACAAACAAUUUUUCAAAUCCUCUUAAAUGGAAAUGUCUUGGAAAGACGACGUGUACAAUGA